UAGCAAAGAGACAACGUAAAAUACGUAGAAUUAUAAGAGGACAACAACUACCACGAGGUUGUUCUUUUAAUCUCUCUCUCUCUCUUCCCAAAACUUAACACCGCCGCAACCGGUCAUUUCCGCUUCGAUCUCCCUUCCCUAAACAUCCUUCUCCCACCGGCUACACUUCCCAUUCCCCUUCUUCCUCUUCAAACAACAAAGCAGCCUUGAAGGAAAAAAACAGAGGGUUCCAUGUUUCUGUUACAUCCAAAAACCACCAAACCCCAUCAUUGUCUUUCACAAUCAAAACUGACCCAUUGUUUUGUUUGAGAAAAGGAACAAAACCCAUCUUUAAAGUUUGUAUUUUUCUUUGGUGGGUGAUUGAAAGAAACUGUUUUUAAUUUCCCUAUCUAUAUGUGUGUGUAUAUUGGUGAGAGAAGAGAAAUGAGGAAGGAUUGUAGGAGGGUCAGUAAAAUGAAGGGACGGAUUUCAAAGAUAGGGAGCUAUGCAAUUUCUUCUUCUAUUAGAGACCAACAGCAACACCAACAGCCUUGUAUUACUUGCACCACUUUCAACAUCCUUGCCCCAAUCUACAAGCGCCUCAACCGUGAGGAUCCUAGUUGCCGUGAAAGCGAUUACAGAGCGUAUUGGUUGGCCAGGAAUCGUAGCAUAUUGGAUUCAUUGAUAUAUGAGAGAUCUUCUAUCAUUUGUCUUCAGGAAUUCUGGGUUGGAAAUGAAGAGCUUGUUAAUUUGUAUGAAAAGAGACUUGGUGAUGCCGGAUAUGUUAAUUUCAAGCUUGGACGGACGAACAACCGCGGUGAUGGUCUGCUGACUGCGGUGCGUAAGGAUCAUUUUAAAGUUCUUAACUAUCGUGAGUUUCUUUUCAAUGAUUUUGGAGACCGUGUGGCUCAGUUGUUACAUGUUGAAAUAGCUGCCCCAUUCUCACAAUGUCGAACCAAUGAUAUCCGGCAAGAAAUUCUCAUUGUGAAUACCCACUUGUUAUUUCCUCAUGAUUCAAGUCUGUGUAUUGUACGAUUGCACCAGGUCUACAAAAUACUGCAAUACGUGGAAUCUUAUCAGAAAGAGAAUGAUCUUAAUCCCAUGCCAAUUAUACUCUGUGGUGACUGGAAUGGAAGCAAACGUGGACAUGUUUACAAGUUCCUUCGAUCCCAGGGAUUUGUGUCAUCAUAUGAUACUGCUCAUCAAUAUGCUGAUGCAGAUGCACAAAAGUGGGUUAGCCACCGAAAUCAUCGGGGGAACAUAUGUGGAGUUGAUUUCAUAUGGCUUCUUAAUCCAAACAGAUAUCGGAAACUACUAAAAACAAGUUGGAGUGAAGCAGUAUUUGCCAUGUUCAAGUAUCUACUACGGAGAGCAUCACUGACAGAAAAUGAUGCAUUUGCCUUUCUGAAGGCUGACAACCAUGGUGAUUACAUUAACUACUCAGGUUUCUGUGAAGCACUUAGACAGCUUAAUUUAAUUGGCCAUUGCAAUGGACUUAGUGUUGAGGAGUCAAAGGAAUUGUGGGAUCAAGCGGACAAAGAUGGAAAUGGUGUUGUUGAUUUAACAGAAUUUCAGCAGCGAAUUUGGAAUUCUUCAGGGUCAGAGCAAAGAGAGGAAAUUAGCCAUGAGGCAAGGGGAAUUCAGGAGCAAACCAUUGGCUUCAGUAUAAAAAAUGCAGUUCUCUUCCCUCCUGAAGUGGAGAAAGGAACGUGGCCUGAAGACUACUCACUUUCUGAUCAUGCACGACUGACUGUGGUGUUCUCACCAAUAAGGAUGCCAUGCUCUCAGUCGUUAUCCUGACAAACCUCAGGUGUAAAAGAACUUAGAUGUAAAACUUGUACAGAAGGAUCCCAAAAAAGGUAGGGGAAAGCUCGGGGGCUAAAGAUUGAUGGAUUCCUGGAGCAAAGCCAACCAUCAGAGUUUUUGGGCAGAAAUAUCUUGAGCUUUUUUAGGUGACAGGGCCAUGUUAGAUGAUUCAUGUGCCAUUGUUGGACGGAAACAUCGAGUUUUUUAUAAUCUUCAAGGAGCAUCAGCGAAGUCACUAGGGUGAGACUUGCUGACCUACUUUUUCAUUCAGGUACAUCAAGAUCCCUGUGCCUCGCAGUUGAUAAAAUGGGGCUAGCGUUCAACACUGUCCCGUUCUGUUCUGCCUUUUACUCUGUUUCCCCUUAGUUGGGAAAAAGAAAUAGGAAAGAAACAAAUCAGAGAAAGAACAUUGAGACUUGAGGAUAUAUAUAUAUACGUAUAAAUAUAGUUCGGUGGCAAUCACCUUUUUGUAGCAUGGUGAGAUGCACCAUACAUUUAGCAUCCUCUUGUAUUUGGACUGCAUUCAAGAAAAGUAUACACAUUUAUUUUGUUAUA